GCUCGAUCUGCUACUGAAGGUCGCGUAGGCUAUCGUCCCUGCGCGUGAAUCCUUACGCUGCUUUAUUUCUACAUUGACGCAGUAUUCCGCUGAACACGUCGUGAAACAACAAAACAAACCAAGCAAAUACUAAAGGGCGGCAACAGUAGUUCUCACCUGUAACAUGUCACUCGCUGAGUUGACGAGGAAUUCGUUUCAAUGCGGGGUAUCUCCGCAACAGUGGUUGGGAUUAUGCAGACUGCUUGUACAGCAACAUCAUGUCGGUGUCGACUUUAGCACCGCCAUUAGCAAUACUAUCCUUGAACUUUAUCGCUUGUACCCCGCAGACCCUACUCUUCGCGAAUACCUUCAACUUGCUCUGAGUGACGGAUUACUCUCGAACGCGGUCUUCGUCUCCACAUUUAUACGCGCUGCUCGGGACCCAGAACUUCAGAAUGGGUCUACCCUGGAUAUGCUUUGCCGCUUAGCUCUUAAUACACAUUACACAUCGGGAUCAUCACCCGCAGGAUCCAUCAUCCCCUUAGCGGACUCCCAGGUUUCUGUACUUUCCAAAGUACAAGAUGCGCUGGCUCUUUUGCGGAUUGCCCACUCUCUUCCCCCUUCUAACUUCCAUCAGCUUAUUAUAUCAGCUUCUGAACUCGCGAUCCUGCUACUGUCGUGUGUCACUGACAUGUCGCAGUUAACAGCCGCUCAAGCUAUGAUUUAUCUCGGGGAUGCGAAUGAUGUGCUGCAGUCGUUGCGCCUUUCGCAGGAACUCCGGCAGGUAUUAGAGGGCUUCGUGUUAUCUUUGAGCUUGCUCAUGGGAGAUGAUGCAAAAGCUGUCAGAGAUGCACAAAUGUUGCACGCUAUGCAGUUGACUAUGGGAAAAAAUGACGUCCAUGGUGUCAAUGGUGAAACUGAUACCGUCACCUGUGGUCUGCUAUUGCAAAGCCUUGUGGCAUGCCGUACCUGUGACUUUGGAGCGGGAAGUGAUUUAGAAGCUGUUGCAGUAUUGACAGGUACAUUGCGGUGGACGUCAUGGGCCCCGAAUGUCUUUUGUACGCAGCUACUCGUGGCUGCUCUGACUUGCGUCGCUCAAAGCUCUGCUAAGGAUGAUCAUGAAUCUUCCUUUUCUCUAUGGAAAGCGUUUGUGGUUGGUCGUCUUCCGCGGCUUCUAUUUGCCCUCGAAAAAAGUCUUGAAGCUCAUGGAACAACCGAGGCAGAUUGGCGAGCUGCAAUGCAUGCUGCAUUGUUAUCAUUAUCUCAACGGUCUGAUCUAUUGGCACAAUGUGACGCUGUAGCCCGACAAGGCAAAGGACCCGAUUCCAGUCAGGAUAAUAACACAUCAUCACUUAUUCGCGAAUUCAUUCAACAACUUCUAGCUGUUGGGAUUAUCGAGUAUGCAUUUGCGGUCUCCAUGGACCCCAUGAUGGUAAACGACCCCAGGACACGUUUACAGUCAGAAGCUUUUGAUCAUGGCUGUUCCAUAGAAACUUAUCUAGAUUCAAAACUCACUUUAGAUUCAGAUCCAGAAGACACUUCGUUACUGCUGGAGAAAAUUCGCCAAGAACCUGGCAGCCACUACUAUCUUGCUGCUGUGGUUCAGAAACGAUUUACGUCACACUCUACGUCCCUGGAUCUCGAACACUUGAGUCACCUAACGCGGACAUUGUACCACCAUGAUUUCGCCUUAGAUAUACUAUCACUGCAUCUCAAGAUCUCAAACUUGAUUUGUAAUGCACUGGAGAUAAUCUCGGAGUAUGAUUGCGAAACAGUUGGUGAUCCACAAACUGCAGUGAGCCAUUUGGGCGAUAUAGUUCUAUUUGCAGAGAUGGUCUUGGCAAAAUUCCGGAUCUCAUCGCCAAUCAUCAAAGACGGAAAGAUGUACCGCACAGAACUUCUCCGAUGCACUUCGAGAGUUUAUCAGUUGGAUGAAUUAAGCCUAGAACACAAAUCCGCAUUUGCCACUUGGUACAAGGCGAUUUUUGAUAGCAAUAGCGAAGGGAUUGACGACGCCUUACUCCGUACAACAAAACCCCAAAUUCUCCUGCAAAUCUCCGCCACACUAUUCUCGCAGGCUGCCCUGGCUCGUCAAGAAAGCCGACUUGAUAACGACACGCUGCAGACCGGUAUGUCAUACUUCCUUGGACCGUUGCUCCGGUGGACACUCGUUGGCGUGAUCCAUGCUAUGUUAUUUGAAAUUGGGCAAAGAGCGCUUAUAGCUCCCCUUCACCUCGCGAUCGUACAAACUAUUUUAUGCUCUCCCCAUUGUCCCAUCGUUGUCCGCCGUCUCUGUAGUCCGAGCUGUCUCAGACUAUUAUCUAGUAGACGGAUCCAAGCUUUCCCCCAGAGUCCAGUUCUGGACAUCAGCGUUAUACGAGCCACGUGCUUCCAAACCCUCGGAGUCAACAAAGACCCAUCUUGCAAGGCGUUGGAGGAUCAUCAGAUCAGCCCUGCCACCAGAUGGAUGGACUUCCCAAAACAAGAGAUCCACGAGGCACUCGCGUUAGCUCGGCGCCACAAGGCUCCUCGCAUUGACGUUACACGGUGUCUUUCCGCCACUUCACCCUCUAAAUUCCUUAAUCUGCUCUGGUCAGAGCUCAGUGUCGCUUCCAGUCUAGGGGAGAUGGAAACCUGCAGGCGCCUAGCGACAUUCGUUUUAGCCAUGCCGCGUCAGCUAUCAUCGGCGCCACCCCUCCUUCCGAUAUUUAUGUACAACGUUCUCCCCUACCUUAUCACCACCAUAGACCAACAGCAGGCAACAGAAAAGGGUAUGAACACGCAGCUCCUGGUGACAAUCAUUUCAUCCGCCCUGACCGCCGCACUACACAUCGAAUGGGCGGUGCAAACAGUAUGUGAAGAGCAGCGCUUUGUACUUGGUCAACCAAGUGCCGCUGUCGCAAGGCGGCUUGCAGCUGACCUCCGAGCGCAGAAGCGCGGUUCAUCUACUAGUGCAACUAUUUUGCAGCGUCUGGGAUCAUCCCCUGCUUUCGUCACCAAUUUUCCUGUGUUU